AUGCCUUUGCGGUGGCUGAUGGAUGGGAAUGAUGGGAAUGAUGGGAAUAUGACUCAUGAGGCUGGCAGUCCUGCGAGUGGUCUGAAAGAAGCUACGCCCGCAUUGGGCGGCCGGAGCUUGAAGGACCCAGGUGUAGCAGCACCCCCUGGGUGGCCCAUGGAGUCAGGGAACAGCAGCAACAGCAACACGCCCACGCCCACCCAUACAGAGGUUACAGGCUAUGGCUCCUCGAGGAGUGAGGCAACAACGGUGGCCAGCAGGCAGGAGGGGGGUCAUGAUGGGACAUCGCAGGCGAGCUAUCCAUUCUUGCCAGGUGUUGUGCAAGAAGUUCCGUGCAGAUCCUUGCCAAAACGUUUUGGAAAGGCACAGGCUUUACACGGGAUGGUGCAUUCGCUCCAAGUCAAGCAAAGCGUUUGCAGCAAGCUCGCACCAUCUUCGUCAAAGCUUUGCAGACUUGCCAGAGGUAACGAGGGGCUGCCGACGAUCGAUGCUGCCAGUCUGGCUGGAUUGAAGAAGAUUUUGGAACAGGUAAAAGCACACUUUUCAAGCUUGUCCAUUUCCCCCACGCCUCCUGUGCUGUUUCGGCACAACAACUUCUACACACCCUGUAGCCUCGAGGUUUGUCUGGGUCAGAAAGUGGAGUUGUGGCCGCUGGUAUCUCACCCACCAGGCUGUUGCUUCGUGGUUGUACCGAAGCUUCCGCUUGGACUCGUUCUCGACGAGCGAUCAGGCUUGGUGCAUGGCAGGCCGCGCGAGCCAACCGCAGGGCAAGUGAAGUACCACGUGGUUGCCCAGAUCCCGGCGCGAUCUCCACCGAAGGCACAUGUUGCAUUUAUCAAGCUCACGGUCAUCGAGGGGUGGCCAGCUAGUGACGAUGAGGGCUCACAGGCUGGAGGUGCUUCAUCUUGUGAUUAG